AUGAGGAGGGCGCUACACUGGAAGCUGAAAACGGCAAACUGCAGCACGGUGAUGAGCACAGUCAGCAUAAAUACUCGCAAGAAAGGAGAGCGGGAGCAGCGGAGGAAGCUGCAUCAAUUUUUAGCAGACCUGGCCUUACUGGGUUCCUUACAGGGUUUUAAGUACUUCCAGCCUUGGUUGAGAGGGAAAGAGGAGCUGCUGCUGACUGUUGUCAAUGAAGAUCUGGGAUGGCGCUCGCCGGGCUUCGCCGUGUCCAGAGCCUCCUCCGGCAGCGUCUCCAGCACCAGCGACAUUUGUUCGCCCAGCAGCAGCUCCCCCAGCAUAGCCAGCCGGGCGGGCUCCCCCCAGCCCGGAGAGCCCCGGGGCCCGGCGGCCCAGCUCCCUCUCGGGGACCCCAGGAGCGAGGAGCAUCUACUGCCAGCCUCCCCCAGCGAGCGCGAGAUGGCAGCGCCUGAGGUGAACUGCACCCUGUUCUUGGUGGCCGGCUACGUCAAGUACGGGCGCCCGCACGCUUGGAUUCGCUCCAACCACGAGCGCCUGGUCAGCAUCCCAGGCGGCCACUCCCUGGUCAGGGACACGCCCAUGAAGCUCAAGUCCAUCGCUGAUUGGCAGAGCGGAGGUAUUCGCGUGUGGGACGUGGUCAGCGAGCUGGUGUGUCUCUGCACCAUGCCCUUCCCCUCCAACCCGUUGGCUCUGGACAUGGGCUACAUCCAAAGUCUGGCCGUGCCGGAGCGCUUCCUGGUCACCGGAGCCCUCCUCAACUUCCUGGAGACGUACGCCGUCUGCGGCAACCGCAACGAGCUGCACUACGACAAAGUGCUGGAGGAAGUGCGGCCUCUGCGCCAUCUGCACGUCCAAACCCUUCUGGAGCUACAGCGGCUGAAAAAGCAGGACGUGGACAGCGUGACACGGCUUCCGUGAACUCUGUUUAAGUUGAGCAACUUUGCGACCCGUCUCACGUCCAACCGUCCCCGUUUUCAUCGACCAGAGUCCGCCGCCAAGUCAGCGAGGACUUUGGGGGGGGGGGGGGGUCUUGGUUUUGACGUUCAUUUUUUGCAUCCAAAGGCGGGACAAGAUGCUUUCGGAGCUGACAGAGUUCAAAACUGCUGCGGGAUUUUGAGAACUUUUUCUUCUUCUUUUUUGCACGCACUGCAGGCAGGCCAAGCCAAUAUUUGCCCGACGCGCUUGACCACACCAAUGUGUAUAAAAUCCUUUUAAUGCAUAUUUCAUUAAAGCCGUACAUUAGAACGUGCAGUACAAAAAUUAAAAUACAAAAGAUACUC